AUGGAGGCGCAGCAGCUGACGGACAAGAUCGUGGCCGUGGGCAACGCCAUCCGCGAGCUCAAGGCGGCCAAGGACGCGGCCAACGCGGAGCAGAUCGCGGCGCAGGUGCAGGAGCUGCUGGCGCUCAAGGCGCAGUUCAAGGCGCUCACGGGCGCCGACUACGCGCCGCCGCCGCAGCCCAAGAAGCAGAAGGAGAGCGCUGCUGCUGCCCCCGCGGCCGACAGCGGCGACGCCCCCAAGAAGUCCAAGAACCAGCUCAAGAAGGAGAAGAAGCUGGCCGAGCAGGCGGCCAAGAAGGCCGCGGGCGGCUCCGCCAAGGCCGGCGGCAAGCAGGCCGGCAAGCAGAAGCAGAAGAAGGCCAAGCCCUCGGAGAGCGCCAAGCCCGCCGAGAGUGCGGCCGUGCCGUCGGACGCCGACCUGCUGCUGCGCCAGACCGAGUUCCAGCACCAGGUGCUGAGCUCGGGCGCGGCCGCCGGCGCGCAGGUCGUGACCCCGUGGGACGUGGAGGCCGAGGACGGCGUGGACUACGACAAGCUCGUGGAGCAGUUCGGCAGCACCAAGAUCCCGCCCGAGAUGGUGGAGCGCAUGGAGCGGCUCACGGGCCACAAGGCGCACCGCUACCUGCGCCGCGGCUACUUCUUCUCGCACCGCGACCUGGACGUGAUCCUGGACGCGUACGAGAAGGGCGAGAAGUUCUUCCUCUACACGGGCCGCGGCCCGUCCUCGGGCAGCCUGCACAUGGGCCACUUGAUCCCCUUCACGUUCACGGCCUGGCUGCAGAAGGUGUUCGAUGUGCCGCUCGUGAUCCAGCUCACGAACGACGAGAAGUUCCUGUUCAAGGACCAGACCCUCGAGGAGAGCGAGGUCAUGGCGUGGGAGAACGCCAAGGACAUCAUCGCCUGCGGCUUCGACGUCAAGAAGACCUUCAUCUUCGCCAACACGGACUACAUCAAGGAGAUGUACCCGCAGAUCCUCAAGGUGCAGAAGUGCGUCACGUACAACCAGGUGCGCGGCAUCUUCGGCUUCACGGGCUCGGACAACAUCGGCAAGUCGUCGUUCCCGGCCAUCCAGGCCGUGCCGUCCUUCUCGGAGACGUUCCCCGUCGUGCUAGGCGGACGCAAGGGCCUGCGCUGCCUCAUCCCUCACGCCAUCGACCAGGACCCCUACUUCCGUAUGACGCGCGAUGUGGCGCCGCGUAUUGGCUACCUCAAGCCUGCCUCCAUGCACUCCAAGUUCUUCCCGGCUCUGCAGGGCAGCACCACCAAGAUGAGUGCCAGCAAGGCGAGCACCACUAUUUACAUCUCGGACUCGCCGGAGGAUAUCGCCAACAAGAUCAAGAAGUACGCCUUCAGCGGCGGAGGUGAGACCAAGGCUGACCACGAGAAGUACGGCGCCAACUUGGAGGCCGACAUCCCGUACCAGUACCUGUCGUUCAUGCUCGAGGACGACGAGGAGCUCGCUCGCAUUGGCCGCGAGUACGGCGCAGGUCGCAUGAUGUCGGGUGAGGUGAAGCAGAAGCUGAUCGACGUCAUGUCUGAGUACACGCUGGACUUCCAGCAGCGUCGUGCUGCCAUCACCGACGACCUCGUCUCCGAGUUCAUGAGCGUGCGCCCCCUAGAGUUUUAG